UCUCCAAACUUGGACAUGGGAGGAGGAUGGAGUCGAUCUCUCGAUGACGUAGCAGACAUCCUCUUUUAGUUUCUCUUUAUAUUAAAGUCGGUGGAGUCAAAGAAUAGGCUGUUAAACCCCCCCCCUUGUUUCGUCAGGCGGUGACGUUUGUUGGCUGUAACGCCAACUUUCACCACACGAGGACGCCAAAAGCCAAACUUAAAAAGAAGAACGACUGGGACGUGGAGGACGAGAAAGAAUCGUGUGCUGAUAUCGUCUCAAAAUGUACCUGCGGAAAAGAGAAUUGUUGUUAACGUCACUCUUUACAAGUUGUGUUCAAAGAUUGCUACGUUCUUCAACAAAGCCAAGCACGCGAACUAACAUCAAGCCAGCGUAUUACAUACAUAUAUUUCUAAAUCCUAACUUUACUCGAAACACCAUACGUGCGGUUCUUUGAGUAUGAUGGAUUUCAGGACAGCAAAAUAAAGUUGAAAUCUGAAAAAUGUCAUCAAAAACAAAUGGUUGGUCUGUUCAAAUAACUUCCAGGUUCCGUUGUUUUUUUUCCCAGCGCAAGCGAACGCGCCACAAAAAUCACGUUUCUCAAUGGUCAUACGGAUGGUAGCUUUGACCAAUGACCGUGCGCCAAACGCCGAGUUUGACCAAUAGGACGUCGCGUACUGGCCUGUCGAUCGUCUACUACUUCCGUGUCCACCACACGCGAGACACUUAAAACGUAUUACAGAACACAAAAACAAAAGACUUUUCAGUCUAAAUUGGCGGAAUAGGAGGACGCCGUCGCGAUGGGUUUGCUGACUAUCCUGAAGAAGAUGAAGCAGAAAGAGCGGGAGAUGAGACUCCUGAUUCUAGGUCUGGACAACGCCGGGAAGACGACCGUCGUGAAGAGGCUGAAUGGCGAGGACAUCAGCACCAUCCCCCCGACCCUGGGCUUCAGGAUCAUCACCUUGGAGCACAGAGACUACAAGUUGAAUAUUUGGGACGUGGGCGGCCAGAAGUCGCUCCGCUCCUACUGGAGGAACUACUUUGAGCGCACAGACGGUCUGGUGUGGGUGGUGGAUAGCGCAGACAGACAACGCAUGGAGGACUGCAGACAGGAGCUGCAUAAGCUGCUGCUGGAGGAGAGGUUACUCGGUGCCACAUUGUUGGUGUUUGCGAACAAGCAAGACUUACCUGGUGCCUUGUCGAAAGAAGCGAUACAAGCGACACUGGCCUUGGAUGACAUUAAGAACCACCACUGGUGUAUAAUCGGAUGCAGCGCAGUGACAGGACAGAACCUUCUGGUGGGAGUGGACUGGCUGGUGGACGAUAUUGCUGCAAGGCUCUUUAAUGCGGACUGACAACGUGUUUGCCUUGUGUUGCAUCUGGUUUAGAAAUGUAAAGCGCAUUUCAGCUUACUGCAAAAGAAAUUGUUUUUUUGGAAAGUCGCCCACAUGGCAGACAAGGACUUUUUGAAAUAGAAAAUUACAUCUGCUGAUUCUGACUUUACUCAAAGCAAAUUUCUCCUCAUUUGUUCUAGUUUUUUUUUUUAGGCUGGCAUCCUUGGUUAGGUGGUAUCCACUAAAAUGUUACCAAGUGAAAUACAUCAUUUUCACACUCACAUUUGUUAUAAUCUGCUCGAACAAACAAAGUUGGGUGAGAGUACUCAAGACAAACCAGAAGACAAUUUCAAGGAAUUUAUUGAAAGACUGUGUAUGGCAAAAAAAACAACACUUUCAAAUCAUGAAGAUGUCGGUCAAUCUGCAAAGAAAAAUGUUUUAAACUCGUCAGCGCCAAAAGAAAACGAUGGCGACAGUUCAAUGUUUCCGUGAAGAUCAGAGAGGACCAAUCAGUCAUAACAUUUCAGUCUGGGGCGGUAACAUGGGCUCAUCAUUUCUGCUCGGAAAU